AUGUUCAGCACGUCCGUCCGGCGCUUCGGUGCGUCCCUGACGACGAAUGCGCCGCCGAUGCGCGUCGCGAUCGUGGGAUCUGGACCUUCAGGCUUUUAUGCCGCUUCGAGGAUCCUGCAUUCGUUUGAUGCCCAAUGCGGAACGGGCGAAAAUGGCGUAGACAUCCACAUGUACGAGCGUCUGCCCACACCCUUUGGGCUCGUGCGAUACGGCGUGGCUCCAGACCACCCGGAGGUGCGCAAUGUCGAGAACAAGUUCGACGAGGUCGCACGCGAUCCCCGCUUCACGUUCCUGGGUAAUGUGCAAGUGACGGGCGGAGCCGAUGUGCUCCCCAGCGCCGCGGUCCCUAUCCCCCUUUCCUGCAUGGCACCCUACUACACACAUAUCCUUUUUGCGUAUGGCGCUUCGGAUGCACGGCAUCUACACCUUCCUGGAACGGGUCCUGAUGGACUACAGCAUAUACACACAGCGUUCGACUUUGUGCAGUGGUACAAUGGCCACCCUGACGCUCAUACGCCUGACGCGCCGUUUCCUCGCAUGAAGGGCCACGAUCUUCGACACGUCGCUGUGGUGGGAGCCGGCAACGUUGCGCUCGAUGUGGCGCGGAUUCUCUUGCGGCAGUGCAAGUCGGCUCCCAAAGACGAAACGCUGCAGUAUACCGAUGCACCCCAGCCUGUGCUAGAGCGCUUGCGUACUUGGGGCGUCGAAAGUGUCGACCUGUACGUGCGCCGCGGCGCAGCUCAACUGGCAUUCACAAACAAGGAGCUACGUGAGAUGCUCAACUUGCCACAUGCGCCGUGCCAGCCUUUGGAUCCUGCACACCUUCAGCAGGCACUGGCAGAAGUGGGUCACAGCGACAAUGUCUCUCACAAGCGAGCCAUGACGCGUCUUCUCACGCAGCUGGCUAAGGGCAGCAAGACACCAUACGCACCAGACCACACGCCACGCUGGGGCCUCCAGCUUCUUCGCUCGCCCAAAGCCUUUUACGGUGACAAGCGCGUGAGGCAGGCCGAAUGGGACGUGACAGAAGUGCGCGAUGGACGUGCUGUGACGACCGGUGCAACGGAAACGACGCCUGCUGAUCUCGUUCUGGCCAGCGUCGGAUACCGAUCACAGCCGCUUGCCGGCACGUUGCCGCCACCCGUGCCAUUCGACUCUCAGCGGCACAUUAUUCCCAAUGAGCGCCGACGUGUCAUUCGCGAUGGCCAGCCAGUGCCCGGCAUGUACGUUUCUGGUUGGCUUGCGACGGGGCCUGUGGGCAUCAUCGUGUCGACGAUGCUGGAUGCUUUCGGCGUCGCAGACGAAAUGCUGACAGACUGGCAUGCGCCGGACGGCAAGACACGCACACUGUGCGCGUCUGUCGGAGAAAAGGAGGCGCUGCGUGGCACACCGGAGGCUCUACGUGGCCAGCAGGUCGUGUCGUACGCCGACUGGCUGCGAAUCGAUGCCGCUGAGCGCGAGCGCGGUCAGGCACUCGGCAAGCCGCGUGAAAAGUUUGUACAUGUGCAAGAUAUGCUGCAAGUGCUAUGA